AUGGCGCGCGGCUACUUUUCGCCAAUCGACCACCUCCAAGGCCGCCUGGUGCGGGAGGCCCUUGUCAACAUGGACCAUAUCGCCCACAUUCUGAGUGACAGGUCUCCGUCGUUGACGUACAAGGACAAUGGUAAUCAGUGCCCAACUCCGUCGUUCAUAUACUACAGCGCUAUGCUAUCCCCGGAUGAUGUCCCCUCAUCUGAAGGAAGGCCGAUUGGGUUUGAACACCAGGAGGAGAAACUGGCUGGCGAGAAGGCAAAGGAUACAGCGUACCUGAACAGCAUUAUUGAGCAAUGCAUCGACCGGUACCUAGAUACGAUCGACAACUUCUGCUGCCUGCUCCAGCCUGACUCUCGUUCCGCCUCCGAAGAAUCAGCUGCUGCAUCGGCUCCAGCUGAAGAAGAGCGUGUGCUGGCAUCGCCAUCGCCCCCGGAGAACGAACCUGAACAGUCGGAUUCACCUAGUUCACGAUAUGCCACUCCCGCCCAACCUGACUCGAGCCCAGAAGCUGUCAACAAUCGACCUUCUGUCGUCGAACUCAACGAACCCGAGUCGCCACGAACAGUGACCACCAUCGACUUUGAAGACGUGUAUCGAGGCGGCACAUCCGCGACGACGCAUUUCAUUCUCGACUACGAACACUCCCUCAAAACUGCACCGAAUGUCAGCGGUCGCUGGUGGAUUUUGCGCUGCGAGCAAUGCGACUGGCACGGAUUAUCCGAGAGACCUGGGACAUUCCACAUGGAGCUCCAUCCCGAAUUGAGGAUCGACGACCUGGAAUCAGCGAUCGAGUCGUUUGGAGUGCUCGUUCUCAAUUGCACACCGGACCUAGCCAAUAUGAACAAUGUCCAUGUCCGCAAGGUAAUGCAAGACCGGGCUUCCGAACCGACCACGGCACGAGCGCGACACAAGCACAAGAGAAGAAAGGUGGUGAAAAUCAGUGUAUCCCCUAGAUCGUUCACGGAACGGCAGUUGAUCUCGGAUCCUUCUGUCGGGGAGAUGUACCUCGCCGGAUGGUCAGAUGGUAAGCUGUAUGGCGCCGUCGCUCUUCCUCUCGGAGACUUCAUGCCCAAAGCGUCCAUCCCUGGAAGCAUGUGGGAUUCGGGACUGCUCUCAAGCGUGCCCAAGUGCUACCGAAUCAACAAAAGGGCGCGCCACUUCUCUUGGGCCGAGGGCUUCGAAGACGGCGGUACACGUGUGGGCUUUCGGCAAUUCCCGCUGUUCUACUUUGACAACCCAAAGGUCGAAGACGGUCAUGUUGGCUGGGCAUAUGCGCACGAUAUUCACCCCUUCGACUUGGACAAGGUGACUUCAGACUUUCCAAGACCUGCCGCCUUGUAUGCCAAUCACUAUAAACUUUCAGACCAUACACCGUUUAGCCAUGAGCUUUUUUCGCACCACCAGAGCCAAAUUAAACCUGUUACUGAGCAAACCCUAAGCCUCAAGCACUCGAAAGGAGAGAAGAGCAGCAGCGCCUCUCCCACUCCCCAGACCACAUCGACAGAGGCAGAUACGGACCACGACAAGAAAAUAGUUGACGGUCAACGCUGUACGCCAUCAUCCGAUGGUUCUCGCCACUCUUUUGAUCCCGUGUUCGAGUCUCAACAACCGACCGAAGCUGCCUUCGAUACCCACACUUACAAUUCACCAGUCUCCAUCUACGGUACCUUCCGACGGAGUAUUACCAUGGAGCCGGGAAUACGUAUGCCAGAAGCCCAGAUGUCGCCGCUUGGAGAGCCUGCAGAUGAGGUCAUUCAUCAAGCUGUUGAAUCAAGCGACUGCCCUCCGUUUGCGAAAAUCAAGGCCGAACCUUGCGAUAUGCUCGGUGAAACACAUGAUGAAACGCCUUUCGCCGACGCAAUGGAACAUAGUGUUCCUACACCUGAUACCUGCCCUCAGCUUAUCAACCAGGAUUCGGUGAUUCAACCAGACGUGGAUGAGUGA